AAAUCAUACAUUGAAAAAGUAAAAAAUGUAUCUUUUUAAAACAAAAUUUUUUUCCAGAAAAUACAUCUUUUAGGAACGGAGGGAGUACAUAAUAUUUUAAAAAAUGUUAUAUAUUGUAAGAUUCUUGGCCAAUUUUCUUACCAAGAAAAGAAAAAACGAGAUGCAUCGAGUAAGUUGUUUUGUUUCCUUCUAGAAGGCAUACAUAAAACGUGUUUAGUUCUUUUUCUAAAACAUAGUUGAUAUCUGAAGAGAAUAAUAAAGAUAUAGUGGAAAAAGAAGAAAAAUCAGUACAGGAAUAAAAAAGAGGGGCGUUCCGGGAAUUGAACUCGGGACCUCUCGCACCCUAAGCGAGAAUCAUACCACUAGACCAAACGCCCUUUUUUUACAGUUUACAUUUGUUUUAUAAAAAUACAAAUAUUAUUUUCAAAACCACUUCUCAUAGCUCUCGACUCGUCUCUCUCCCGCCCAAUGUGCCCCCACUAUCGUCAAUGGAGUCUCUAGGGUUUCUUCUCGGUCACUAGCUCUACGAUUCGAUUUCUCGAAAUUCGAGUUUCGAUGGUGAAUCACAGCGACGCUGAAGCUUGCGCCUCCGAUUCGAAGUCUCCUUCAGCUUCUUCGGAUCACAGGUUUGAGGUGAAUGGGAUUCACGAUACAGAGCCGAUUGAUGAUGAUGAUAAUGAUGGUAUCUCCUUAGUUGAAGAUCUAUACAACGAUACGGAGCUCGUAGAUAACUGUGAAACACUGGACCAAGUGGUGGAUGAUAGUGAGGAUGAGGAAGGAGGAGGUAAAGGAAGUGUAGCUUCCUCUAAGCAGCCAUGUUUGCUGGAGAGAAGCGUCAGAGCUGUAGAUAUGCUCUUGGAGUCUGAUGGAUCUAAUGAUCAAGAAUGUCACACAGGGAAACAAGAAUCGAACUGUGAUGUAGUUGCCGGUUUUCAAGGCUCUUCGAGGAUUGCUGCUGGUGAUAGUCAUGGUCAAGGGCUGGAUUAUUUGGAUUCUCAGGAACCUGGAGAGGCAACACAAGCGGAAGCUCUUGGUUUUGUGGACCAACUUUUGAUGGACAAAGAUCUAAACUUGUCACCACCGGUGAAUCUCCAGGAAGCUAGGCUGAGAAGGAAGUCGCCUCCUUUCUCAGGUGCAAAAGGACGUCAGUCUCUGGCUAAAAGAAUCAAGACCAUGAGUCCAACCAAGAAAAUGAGUGUCUUUGAUUGGGAUUGUGAAGAUCAGUGUGAUGUGAGUGGUCCUCGAAACUCUCCGGUCAAUGGUGCAAACGUUACAUGCUUCAAGAAAAGGGAAGAUCCUGUUAAAGAUUAUGAUCCAUCAAGUCAUCCCACAAAAAGAUGUAUGCAGAACGAUUCUGCUAAACAUAACAAGAUGGAAAAGGCAUCGGGUUUGAGUCAGGGCAUUAUGUUAAUCUCGCAGAUGGAUGCUCAGUUGCAGGAUAAAGCGUCAAAGGAGCAUUCUGAACCCGAGGAAGAUUUUGUUGAUGUCGGUAUCAACACUCAGAUUGCUGCUGAAGCAAUGAGUGCUUUACUGUUUGCUCCCUGCACUAUAGAAGAAGCUAGUGAAUCAGAAACGAGGGAUCAAGCCUGUAAUCUCUCCGGAAGGAACAAUGAUACCAUUGAGGGUAGUGCUCCAAACAAGAAGAGAAACUCUAAGAAGAAGAGGAAAUUUACUAUGAAAGAGAGAACCGGUACAAACGCCUCUGCUACAACAUGUCUUCUCAACUUAUGUGAAUGGAGGCAUCCCAGGGCCAAAAGAUCACGUCUUACUCCAAGGCAUCACGUCCCACCUAGGAAGUCUUGGGGUGCUAGCUUAGCUAAAGACAGAAGCGAAACCAACACUCUGUCAGGUAGGUUAGUAGUAUCAUUAAGUGGGAGAAGACAAGCCUCUUCUUGCCAAUCAGGUGUCGAUUUGGAUGUUCUAAACCAUGCAUCUCCAAAGAAAAUAUACGGCCGAAGUCAUGAAAGCUCUCCUGAUAAAGAUUUGCCUAGGCCAUUUCUUCCGAAGGAGAUCAAAAGGCUUGGAGGAUCAGGAAAGGUGGGUGACUUUAAGUGGAAAGACUUGAGGAGACGAAGAAACUUGGCACAUGUUCGUGUCUUAUUCAGCCAUAAUCUGGAUGAUGAAACAAUCAAGCAGCAGCAGAAGAUUAUGGGCCGACUAGGAAUUUCUCAGGCAUCUUCCUCGGCAGAGUCAACACAUUUCAUAGCAGAAAGGUUUUGUAGGACAAGGAAUAUGUUGGAAGCCAUAGCCCUUGGUAAACCUGUUGUUACAUCUCUAUGGCUGGAGAGCUGCGGACAAACAAGAUGCUUGUUAGAUGAGAAGAAUUACAUCUUAAGGGAUAGCAAAACGGAGAAAGACGGGUUCUCCUUGCGUACAUCUUUGGCCCGUGCAAAGCAGCAUCCCCUUCUUAAGGGAUUAAAAGUCUGCAUCACUCCCAACAUUAAACCGGACAGAGGUAUGAUUGCUCACUUAGUGAAGUUGACCCAAGGGCAGGUAGUGGAGAUAAGUGAAAUAAUUGCUGCAGCAGAUAGAGAAUUUCCUGAUGAUCUAUUGAUUAUUUCUUGCGAAGACGAUAGAGAUUUAUGUCUUCCUUUCAUUAAUCAAGGAGCUGAGAUUUACACCUCAGAGCUUUUGCUUAAUGGAAUCGUGAUUCAGAAACUGGAACAUGCCAGGCAUUAUCUCUUCUAAAAGGAACCAAAGAAACACAAAGUUUGCAGCAACACAUAGGGAUCUACUGGUUGGUGCAAGCAAUGAAUGAAUCCAUUUCAUCAAAAUCUUUCAUAAACCUGACUGUUUGUUAUAAGAGAUCUUUCAUCAUUCUAUGGAAAUAAGAAUCUAGUACAUAAAUUAUGCAAUUCACAUACAAUACUUCUAAACCUCUUCACAUGGAUUAAGAUUAGAAAAGGUAAAAAAAAAACUGUGUUAAACAAGAGCCCUCGGCAUUUUUUUGGUAGGAGAAAAAUAACUCAUCAGACCUAAACUCUACUCAUUGCUUUCAGGAGAUU